UUGUUCUCUCGCGGCCGGACCGCCCCAGUCGGUUCGUCCAGACACCCAGGGCUGCUCCAGUGGGGAGCGGGUGGGUGUUUAUCCGUCUCUCUCGUGCCCUAAAGCUGCGGCUGGAGGGAGAGCAAACCCCCGGCGGUCGUCUCCGGUGCCCUUCAGUGAGGAGGGGGCGUCUAGACCCUGGCGAGCGCACCCCAGGAGACCUCCCCGUCGCCGACUCGGUGACUUCGCAGCCUCCCCAGGGCAGCACACCCCAAUCUGGCUGCCAUGGCUGAAAAUGACGAGGGGGACCUGAACUCCAACCUGCUCCCCACCCACCACCGCACCGGGGACCCUCAGCUAGACACGGCCAUCGGACAGUGGCUCCGUUGGGAUAAGAAUCCCAAAACAAAAGAGCAGAUUGAGAAUCUGUUACGGGAUGGGAGGAACAAGGAGCUUCGCGAUCGUCUGUGUUGUCGAAUGGCCUUUGGGACUGCAGGGCUUCGUGCAGCCAUGGGAGCAGGGUUUUGCUAUAUUAAUGACCUUACAGUGAUACAGUCGACACAGGGGAUGUACAGAUACCUUGAGCGAUGUUUCUCAGACUUCAAGCAGAGAGGCUUUGUCGUUGGGUUUGACACUCGGGGGCAAGUAACUAGCAGUUGCAGCAGCCAGAGGCUUGCCAAACUCACUGCUGCAGUCUUACUGGCUAAAGAUGUUCCAGUUUACCUUUUCUCAAGAUAUGUUCCUACACCGUUUGUACCAUAUGCAGUUCAGGAACUCAGAGCGGUUGCAGGAGUGAUGAUCACAGCAUCUCACAACCGCAAGGAAGAUAACGGUUACAAGGUUUAUUGGGAAACUGGUGCUCAGAUCACAUCUCCUCAUGAUAAAGAAAUUCUGAAAUGUAUCGAAGAAUGUGUGGAACCCUGGAAUGGUUCCUGGAAUGAUAAUUUAGUAGAUACCAGCCCACUGAAGAAAGAUCCUCUACAGGACGUUUGUAAAAGAUACAUGGAGGAUCUGAAAAAGAUAUGUUUCCACAGGGAAAUAAACUCAAAGACCACCUUGAAAUUUGUUCAUACAUCUUUCCAUGGCGUUGGACAUGACUAUGUCCAGAAGGCUUUUCAAGUGUUUGGUUUUAAGCCCCCAAUUCCAGUACCAGAGCAGAAAGAUCCGGAUCCAGACUUUUCUACCGUGAAAUGCCCAAAUCCUGAAGAAGGAGAGUCUGUGCUGGAACUUUCUCUGAGACUGGCAGAGAAAGAAAAUGCCCGGAUCGUCUUAGCCACAGAUCCUGAUGCAGACCGACUAGCAGUAGCGGAACUUCUGGAAAAUGGUCACUGGAAAGUUUUCACCGGCAAUGAACUGGCAGCCUUGUUUGGGUGGUGGAUGUUUGCUUGCUGGAAGGAGAAUAAGUCCAGGAAUGCUGAUGUGAAGAAUGUUUAUAUGUUAGCCACCACCGUCUCUUCUAAAAUCCUGAAAGCAAUUGCACUUAAAGAAGGAUUUCAUUUUGAAGAAACAUUGCCAGGUUUUAAAUGGAUUGGAAGUAGGAUAAAAGACCUGCUGGAACACGGGAAAGAAGUCCUUUUUGCGUUUGAAGAGUCUAUUGGCUUUCUGUGUGGAACGUCGGUUUUGGAUAAAGAUGGGGUGAGUGCAGCAGUUGUUGUGGCCGAGAUGGCUUCGUACCUGGAAACCAGGAACGUCACAUUGGGACAGCAGCUGAUUAAGGUUUACGAAAAAUAUGGAUAUCAUAUUUCAAAAACUUCAUAUUUCUUAUGUUAUGAUCCAUCUACCAUCAAAAGUAUAUUCGAAAGACUUCGCAACUUUGAUUCUCCAAAGGAAUAUCCAAAAUUCUGUGGGACAUUUGCCAUAUUGCAUAUACGAGAUGUUACCACUGGGUAUGAUAGCAGUCAGCCUAAUAAGAAAUCAGUGCUGCCUGUGAGCAAGAACAGCCAGAUGAUUACAUUUACUUUUCAAAAUGGUUGCGUGGCUACUCUUCGGACCAGCGGGACAGAACCAAAGAUAAAGUAUUAUGCAGAAAUGUGUGCAUCACCUGACCAGAGUAACACGACUUUACUGGAAGAAGAACUGAAGAGGCUCAUUGAAGCUCUGAUUGAGAAUUUUCUUGAGCCCACGAAGAACGGCCUGACCUGGCGUGCCGUGUAGGGUGCCGCAGACAUCUGCACUGGCCGAUGGGACAGCACCCCAGGAGCUGCGUGUGGAACCUCGUGUUCCCAUUCUUUCUCUCCCCCGUUGGGCCAAGGAUUUCUCCCCCCUCUUUCUUUUUGGUCAAGUAGCUAAACACGCUGUGCAAUGUUGAAACCGUGUGGAGGGAAACAACUCAAAUGGUUUUUCCCGUAAUCUUGAACAAAAGUCAUUUACAUGGAAAGUAUUAGAGUACUGCAGUGUUUUGUUUUGUUUUUCCUGUAACAGAAACGUCACAAUACAAAAGUGAGUUCUGCUAGGAAAGUCUAGUCACCCUUAGUUCCAUGUCGUUGUGUGUAGCAUGGUUGCUGUUUUUUGAAAGCAGGUAAAUGUGAUUUAACUGUCGCGUAAGGUAAGCCUGUGAGAAACCGGCACUGCUCCCAGAUGGCUGUGGUAAGUGCCGGUGUGAUGCCACAGGCAUUGCUGUACACAUUAGGUGUUUAAACUAGGAUGUUUAGAGCAGUGUUACGGGGUGCUCGUGGUGCAGUCUGUGCGUAUUGAAGAUUCUGACGUUUACUGAACAGAAAACAAUAGGGGCAGCACUCACAGCGGCUUUGUUAUUAGAUGCAGUGCCUUCCCAGGGGUCUGGUAUAAACUGGACACUGUUUCUCCAUUGGGUCUGAUUCAAUCAGUUAACUUUGAGCCGGUUAAGAACAAAUCUCCCAAACUCUGUGGGUACUCCUCCGCUGUGUCAAAGUCUCGCUGGUUGAGCAGAGAGAAAAAUCUGAACUGAGAAAGGAGCUGUGAAUUUAUUUAGAAGUCUUAGCUUUUGACUUAGAUUUGUAGUCACUUUAUUCCUUAUUCUGAUGAAGUAAUGAUACUUUCACUAAAAAAUAAAAUAAAACCAUCCAGAUCUAAGUAUUAUGAACCAUAAUACUAAGUUCCAGUUUAUUUUAACAUCUUGCUGGCUUCUCUAGACUUUCUGAUCCCAUAACCACGACUCACUUAUUCUUAAUGUAGAAAAGUAUUUGUUGGAAGGUCAUUUGUUGGUUGAUUCUUCAGUUUUCUGAAAAAGACCUGGAGAAGUGCUAUUUCAUCUUCUCAGAGCGUAUCCUGGCCUACAGGUCACAGCAUAGUUCUACACAUGAAAUACACUAAAGAAAUAGACAGGCAGUGCACUGGGGAUAAUAAAACUAAAUGAAUGGCCUAUAGGAGGUAGCACUGGUAUUAGAGAAUGUGUUUCCCUGAAAAAUAAAUGCUAAAACAUUUGAGCUGAUUAGAAAGUUCAUGAAAUCGUGGUUUGGUGUGUCCAAUUGUACUUCUCACAUGACGAGUUGCCACGAUUGUUCAUUGGUUCUCUCUUGCUGUCGGACACCUGGAUCUUGUAUAACUGCAGAUAAUAGGCAGCUAGUUAAGUGUAGAGCAUCAUUUUUCUGAAAGAGCUCAUUUUUAAAGGCUGUACUGAUGAAGAAAUGCAUAGUUUUUUGUUUAUUUUCUUUUAGGACUGUAUAUUGUAAUUUUUUAAAUGACCUGUGUUCUAUAAAGUGGUAUGGCCAGUGCUAUGUACAUAUGAAAUAUGUUUAUAUUUGUUUUUGCUACCUGUGUUUCAGUGACUAAAGAACAGGGUGUAGCUAACAUGAUUAUGACAGGCCAUUUGUAAUCGAUAAAGCUACAUCCUGAUUAUCACUCUAUUAUGAAGAAAACCAUUUUAUUUGGGUACUUUGAUGCAACAUUUGGGUCAUCUUAAGGUGAACAGUUAUUGAAACUCAGAAUAUUAUUUCAAAAUAUUUUUUAAUAUGAACACAUGAAUGCAAAUGACUAAAAAGUUAAAGUGAACAAAUAAACACAAAUGAUCCCGAAGUCGGCCGGAGCAUGAUACUUGGCCUCGUGCGUCCACCCGUCUAGCAGGCUCCAUCUAGUGACCACCAGAGCCAGCCAGGAGAGGGCCCUGCUGUUCACGCUUCUCCCCUGAGCAGCGGCAUGGGAAGAAGUGCCCCCUCGUUGAGGCUGGGAGAGCAGGGCAGGUCUAGUGGGCAGGUCAGCACACGCAUUGGAGAGGCAGAGGAGACGAACAGGAGAAGGUCCGGAAGGCAACAGGAAAUACUUCUUGUGAAGAGCAAGCCUGUCAGCCUGCCCUAAAAGGAGGACGUGAACGCGUGAGUUGUUUACGGUUCCGGUUUGUUAUGAUGAUGGAUGGCUAGUGGGCCCGUUGUUUUCCUUUAUCAGUGCUUACAGCGAGGCCGAACUGCAGGCGGACCCCUUGUACUGACUAAAUUCAUGCCAGAAGGUUGAGUGUUCAGAUCUCUGGGAACUCUAGAAGGGGUGGGGCAGACAGAAACAGGGACACACUGUCGCUGGAGAAGGAAAACCUCUUCAGAAAGAGCUUAAGGAAUUAAGAUCACUUAACUGAAGACGAGGAAGCUACCGCGAGCGAUCUUAAGGCUCAAGUUAUUAAUUGGGGCUUUUAGCAAAGAACGCAAAGUCAGAAAUAAGACAAAUUCUUUUCCAUCUAGAACAAGAGGUAUCGGAAUCUUUAAAAGGGGCUGGGGGCCGGGGGCAGACAGCAUAAAAAGUUCUAGUUCAGGUUUGAUAACUUCUUAUACAGGAAUCAUCAUGAAGUCUUCUACUUGAAUUUUUCUUUAAAAGUUAUUUUAAGGGAAUUAAAAUGUUAACUAUUAAGGGGUAUAAUAAAUGGCCUUUUAAGGUUCUUUUUUUUUAUUAUUUUUUUUAUAAGGUUCUUUUCAACACUUAAAAAAAUGAACAAGAUGAUGUAAAGUAAAUUUUGGGUUUCACUCCAUCUCUGGGAGAACUUAGCUCAUGAGAGUUGUUUGUGUAUUUUGAGUAGUGCAAUGCAUGCGUGCAAUGAGGCACGUCUCACUGAGGUGUUAUUUAGUUAUGCGACUUGAACCCGGUUUUGUUCGUCUCGAAGAAUGUGUAGCAUUGUAGGACGCUUGAGGCUUGGGUUGUAAAUACAAAGUAGUAGUACUUGGAUGUAGUAACUUCCGGAGAGAGGUCCUGAGAUAUCGGCUCCUGCGGAGUAUGUUCAUCUAGGAAACGGACCUCCCGUUUCUUCAGCGGGUUGCUCCACGGAUGGGUCUUCCGGAAAACACGCGCUAUGAACUGCUGCUAUGGAUAUUUCUGGUAUUUCUUCAGCUCUUUUCUUGAUGUUUGUGAUACUUGCAAAAUCCAAAUUUCACAUGGAUACAUUUGAUUGUAUGCCUUUUUCUCCUCGCUACCUGUUUUUUUCCCUAAGCAUCCUCCCACAUUUUGUUACUGUGAAAAGUUCUCAUUGUAUUACCUCUGAGAAGAAAUCUUACUUGUAUCCAUUCAGAAUGCUUUACAUUUAUUCAUAAACUGUGUAUGGCUGUAAGUUAUUUUGUUAUUGUCAGAGCAUUUUCGCCUUGUUGUAACGUGAUUCUAAAUCUUAUUUCAAACUCUA